UGAUAAUUUCCUUAAAAAAAAAAAAAAAAACCUUGGAAAACAGAACAGAGAGAGACGUAAACCGAAGCCUUUUCCAUUCCCCCAUAAACCCCCAAAAUACAUCAUUUCUAUUCCUUUUAUUAUCCAUUCCCUUCUCUCUCUCUCUCUCUCUCCAUAUACCCCCUCUGCUAAUUUCCCCUUAAAAUAAAAAAAUCAAUCUCCCUGUAUCAUACAAUUGGGAUUUUGUUUUUGCAUAUAAGUUACUUUUAUAUGUAUCUCAAAUCUAUUAUAAUUAAUACUUUAAAAUUUGGUUCCAAUUUGAAAGUAUUUAUUGGAUUGUAAAUUUUUUCGUUUGUUUAAAAAAGAAAUUGUAAUCUCUUUGAAAGGAAAUCCUUAAUAUAUUUUGUUUUAUUUAAUUUAUUAGUUUUUUGAAAUUUUUUUAUGGGUUUGUUUUUGGAAAAGCCUUAAAAGCUGAACUGGGUUUUGUUUAUAUUUGUUUUUCGAAGCUCUUUUCAUUGUGUUUUUGGCAAAACCCAUAAAAUUAUAGUACCGCGGAUUUCUAAGACUAUAGCCUGUUGGAUAGUUUUGUUCCAAUUAGGAGUUUGUUUUGUGUGUUUAUUUUGGAAUUUUGGACUUUUCUAUUCAAGCAAAAUCGACGCUUAUGGAUACGCUUGGGACAUGAAAUUUUUGAAUCAAAUUCAAGGCUGUUUCUAAUUUCGAUUAGUUUUUCUUUUUUGGGUUUAAUUUUCUCUAUAUGAACAGCCUGAUGUUAUGCUUAAAAGAGAAAUUGGAGAAUCGGGGAUUGUAGCAAUUUGGGUUUUCGUUGCCUUUGUUUUUUGGUCUCUUGGGACUAUUAUGAGGAAUAGUAGUUAUGGGCAGCAGCUGCAGCAGAAGAAUUCGCAGGGGCGACCGAACAAUGGAUUUUUACCAAGCUCGUUUAGGGCGAUUUCUAGCUAUUUGAGGAUUGUUUCGUCUGGGGCGUCUACGGUGGCGAGGUCUGCUGCCUCUGUCGCGCAAUCCAUUGUGGAUAGAGAUGGUGAUGGUAACAAUGAUCAGGUCCAGUGGGCUGGGUUUGACAAGUUAGAAGAUGGUGGUGAUGUGAUUCGGCAGGUUCUUCUGUUGGGCUAUCGGUCUGGUUUCCAGGUUUGGGAUGUUGAGGAAGCUGAUAACGUUCGUGACCUUGUUUCUAGACAUGAUGGUCCUGUUUCGUUCAUGCAAAUGCUACCAAAACCAAUAGCAUCAAAGAGGUCAACAGACAAGUUUGCAGACAGCCGACCUAUUCUGGUAGUUUGUACUGAUGGGACCCUUUCUGGAGGUAGUACCACUCAAGAUGGAUUAGCUACUCUGUACAAUGGGAGCGUCCCUAACCACUAUGAUCUGGGUAACAGUAGUUUUUUGCCCACCAUUGUACGGUUUUAUUCCCUGAGAACUAAAUCUUACAUACAUGUGCUGAAGUUCAGAUCAAUUGUUUGUUCUGUGAGGUGUAGCACUCGAAUUGUUGCCAUUUCUCAAGCAGCUCAGAUACACUGUUUUGAUGCAACGACAUUGGAGAGAGAAUAUACAAUUCUCACAAAUCCUAUAGUCUCAAGUUAUCCUGGUUCUGGAGGUACAGGCUAUGGUCCUCUUGCAGUUGGUCCCAGAUGGCUGGCUUACAGUGGAAGUCCAGUUGCAGUCUCUAAUUCUGGACGUGUAAGCCCACAACAUCUAACACCUUCACCAAGUUUUUCUGGUUUCAAUUCAAAUGGUAGUUUGGUUGCACAUUAUGCAAAAGAAUCAAGCAAGCAACUUGCUGCUGGAAUUGUGACACUAGGUGACAUGGGAUAUAAGAAGUUGUCCAGGUAUUGCUCAGAGCUUCUACCUGAUUCCAAUGGUUCCCUUCAAUCCGGGAGUCCUGGCUGGAAAGUCAAUGGUACUGUUAAUGGCCAUUUGCCAGAUGCAGAUAACGUAGGAAUGGUGGUUGUCAGGGAUAUUGUCAGUAAAUGCGUCGUUGCCCAAUUUAGAGCACACAGAAGUUCUAUUUCAGCAUUGUGCUUUGAUCCUAGUGGGACCCUCUUGGUUACUGCCUCUGUUCAUGGUCAUAACAUAAAUGUUUUUAAAAUAAUGCCUGGACUCCUGGGAAGCUCCUCCACAGGUGAUGCGGGUACAUCUUAUGCACAUCUUUACAGGCUGCAACGUGGAUUUACAAAUGCAGUUAUACAGGACAUCAGUUUCAGUGAUGACAGCAACUGGAUUAUGGUAAGUUCCUCAAGGGGGACAAGCCAUUUAUUUGCUAUUAAUCCAUUUGGAGGAUCAGUGAACUUCCAAACUUCAGAUGCUAGUUACACCACUAAAAAUAAUGGAUUUGGUGUAAUGACUAAGUCAGCUGUUCGUUGGCCGCCCAAUUUAGGUUUACUAAUGCACAAUCAACAGAGCAUUUGUGCAACUGGUCCCCCAGUAACACUCUCAGUUGUCAGCAGAAUAAGGAACGGAAAUAAUGGCUGGAGAAGUACUGUAACUGGUGCUGCAGCGGCUGCAACAGGCAGGUUGGGUUCCCUUUCAGGUGCUAUUGCUUCAUCCUUUCAUAACUCCAAAAGUAACAAUGAUUUAUAUGUUGAUGGCACCACUUUGAAGACAAAGUACCACCUUCUUGUUUUCUCUCCUUCGGGUUGUAUGAUACAGUAUGUCCUGCGAAUAUCAAUGGGUAUAGAUUCAAUAAAUGUUGCGUCCGGAUUAGGGACAGCUCAUGAAUCUGUUCCAGAAAGUGAUGGAAGGUUAGUAGUUGAGGCAAUUCAGAAGUGGAAUAUUUGUCAGAAACAGAACCGAAGAGUGCAAGAGGAUAAUGUUGACAUAUAUGGUGAGAAUGGGAAUUCAGACAGCAAUAAGAUAUAUCCAGAAGGCAAAAAAAAUGGAAAUAGUGUUCAUCGCGAAGGUAGUGGUGCAGCUACAAAAGCGAAGAUCAGCCUUGAGGAAAAGCAUCAUUUGUAUAUUUCAGAAGCUGAACUACAAAUGCAUCAACCUCAUGUUCCAGUAUGGACAAAGCCCGAGAUAUACUUUCAAUUGAUGAUGGCAGAGGGGAUAAAAAUGGAUGUUGAAACUGCAAUUCGAGGGGAAAUUGAGGUUGAAAGGAUUCCAAUCCGUAUGAUUGAAGCAAGGUCGAAGGAUUUAGUUCCAGUUUUUGACUAUCUUCGACAUACAAGGAUUCCUGUGUUAGAUAGUAAUGUGAAUGGGCAACUGCACCAUCAAAGGUCUGUGCUGUCUGAAAAUGGCAGGCUUUCGCAUAGGAGCAGCUCUGGCUCGCUUGAUUCCAUGACUGAUCGUGGUGUUGUAGCUGCCGAUCAUCAGAAUGGGGUUGAAGAGGCUGGGUGGAAUGGUCCUAGGAUGCCAGUAGAAGCUAUGGGCUUUGUAAAUAGUAGUGACAGCCCCAAAAGAGAUAAUUGGCUUGAGAAUGUAAAUAAUAGAGAGCACUUAAGAACAGAAGCUCAACUCAAGUUUGUAAAUAGUAACAAUGGGGGCCCAAAAGUGGAGAAUCAUUUUGAAGAUGAGGACGAUGAGUUUGAUUAGAGGUGUGCAGCUAUUCUUUUAUUUUGCUGGAAGGUUCAUUAACCAUGUUAAUAUUUGUGGAUGGAAUUGUAGACAAGAAUGAGAGGCUCAGAGGGCUCGACCGUGAAGCGGAAAUGUGGAUACUAUAGCAGUCUUCUGUUGGCGUUGUAGAUAACAGACAUAUAUUCACAAUAAUCAGUUGUAAUAUGUAAAUAAAUAUAGAAUAACCUUAUAGAACUCUCGGUCGCUUUUUUUUUUUUUUAAAUUCUAUUAAUUGCAAAUUUCAAAUGUUACAAUUCUUGUGCGAGACAAAAUUUGUGAUAUAAUAUGAUUAUAAGAGGGGUUGGUUUUUAAA